AUGUCACAACCACCAUCACAACCAUUUAAUAAGCCAUCAUUAAUUGCAGCUAAUGGUGGCAAUCUUAGUAGUGGUAAUUUAAACAAUACAACAGGUGGAAGACCUUUACCAGUCCCACCAUCAUCUGUAAAUAGUAAUAGUAUUAAUAAUAGUAGUAAUGUAGGAGGUCAGCCAGCUUCACCUACACCUUCAGGAUUAAAAUCACCACCACCACUUAAACCAAGAGCAAAAACUGUUAUAUCUAAUGGCCAACAACCAAUUGUAACAUCACAAAACACAUCAUCAUCGAAUUUAUUAGCACCAACAAUAAAUAAUAACCCACAACCACAACCACAACCUUUAAAUAAUGCAAACACUCCUCAAAAAUUAUCACCGCCACCAACCUUACCAAGAAGAGAUUGGCCAAAUAACAAUAAUAUAUCAAAUAGUGGAAGUACAAGUAGUGGAAAUUUGAAUGGUUUAGUUAAUAACAAUAAUACAACACAACCAAUUAGGCAAUCAGUUUCUCAAGAUAGUGGUAUAAAUAAAUCAAGUGAUCAAGUUAAGCCAGUGGAAACACAACCACCACCACAAAUAACACCACCACCAGCUCAACCACAGCAACAAACACCAGUUCAACCACAACCAAUUUCUCCAUCAAAUUCAUCAACUUCAUUAUCAUCAGUAAAUUCAUCAUCAUCGGCAACAUCGACACCAGCCACAUCGACACCAGCAACACCAUCAUCAUCCACAUCAACUACACCAUUAUCUACCAGUACAUCAAAUUUACCAAUGUCACCACCACAAUUAACACCACCAACUACUAUUCCAAUUUCAAUGUCACAAUCAAACUCAAAUAAUAAUCUUUUAUAUUCGUCAUCUGCUCCAACCUCUUCAUUGAGUGGCUUUAAUAACAAGGCACCACUUUCUCCAUCUUUAACUAAACCAGAACCAUUACAAUUACCACCAGCUGUUAGUUUAAGUAGUGGUCCAAAUACUCCAUCUACCACCGAAAUUAGUAAUAAACAAAAGAGAAAUUCAUUAGGUGAACAAACUUCAAGUACAUUAGAAAAAAUGGUAAACAAUGAAAACAAUGAAGGUAACGACGAGGAUGGUGACUCUUCAAAGAAGGGAAGUAAAUCAAAACCAAAGUUAUUCCCACAUCAAUGGUCAAUGGGUAAAUACACUGAAAAAGAACGUAAAGAAAUGGAGAAAAAAGAAGAAAAAGAACGUAAGGAGUUAGAGAAAAAGGAAGAAAAAGAACGUAAAGAAAGAGAGAAAUUAGAGAAAAAAGAAAAGAAAGAAAGAGAAAAAUUAGAAAAGAAAGAAGAAAAAGAAAAAGAAAAAGACCACAAAGAAAAAGAUCAUAAAGAAAAAGAUGUCAAAAUCGAAAAGCCAGCUGGUCUCUCUAGAACUUCAUCAUCUUUUGCCUCCAAAUUAAAACAUGCAACUCUUUCAAGAAACGCUAAAUACGAUUUAGAAGAUGAUUCAAACCCAAAUAGUGCUUCCAGUGUCGGUAGUAAUAGUCCAUCGCUCACUCCAUCCAACAGAGAUAGAACUUCGCAAUCAAUGAGCUCUAAUGCCACCCCAAUUAAUGUUUCCUCUUCAAAUAUUACUAUUUCAAGCACCAAUAAUGCUUCGUCCUCAAAUCUUAGUAUCCACAGCAACGUCUCUUCAUCUCCUUCAGAUUCUGAUUCGAGUAAUAUUAACAUUGGUGGAGGUGGUAAUAGCUUAUCAUCAUCACCACCAAAUAGCCAAUCUCCAUCACUCUCAUCCACUAGCCACAGAUCCGCUAUUCAUUUGGAUACAAGUCGUGGUUUAAUGACUUGGGGUUCCGCUUCAAAUUGUAAAUUGGGUUUCAAAGUCGCUUCAAAAGAGCAAUCUCAACCAACACCAGAACGUUUACCAAACUUUAAUGUUUCCGAUAUUUGCAGUAUUUCAUCUGGUUCAUAUUAUAGCGCUGCUCUCACCGAAAAUGGUGAUGUUUAUAUGUGGGGUCGUGGUUCAGUUAAGAAUCCUCCAGUACCAGUCCUUGGUAUUCCACAAAUCGAAGACCAAUUACUUCCAAUUAAAUUAGAGUCACUUACUGAUAUCGUUGUAGUUUCAAUUGGUUUCUAUCAUAGUGCUGCUGUUAGAGCAAAUGGUGAAUUAUUAACUUGGGGUGUCGGUGAAGAAGGUCAAUUAGGUCAUGGUGAUACACAAAAUCAAGUGGAACCAAAAGUUAUCCAAUCAUUAACAAGCUUUUGGAUUACACAAGUUCAAUGUGGUGAAAAACAUACCAUUUGUCUUACAAAGAAUGGUAAGGUUUACACUUGGGGUAGUUCAGAAUAUGGUCAAUUGGGUUUAGGAGAUACUACACGUUAUUGUAAACCAAUGCCAGUUACAGCAUUAGAAAAAUAUAAUGUUCUCCAAAUUGCCAGUGGUAGUACUCAUUGUGCUGUUUUAACAAACUCAAAAGAAGUUUUAGUUUUUGGUAACGGUGCUGCUAUGGGUGCUGCAAGUAUUAUUUCAAUUCCAACUUUGGUUCCAUCAUUAAAAUAUCUUCAUAUUGAUAAACUUUGUUGUGGUCAUUACUCAACAGCUGCAAUUUCUGAAUGUGGUGAUGUCUAUACAUGGGGUACUGGUCAAGAGUUGGGUCAUGGUAAUAACCAAACUGAAUCAACACCAAAAUUAGUUGAAGCUCUUAGAAAUCAAUCCAUUCGUCAAAUUAGUUGUGGUGGUCGUCAUACUGCUUUCUUAACCGAUUCAGGUCGUAUUUUUACAUCUGGUAAAGACUCAUUUGGUCAAUUAGGCCAUCAAGCUGGUGAUCAAAAUAAACCAAAGAAAAUAGAAUCAUUAACAAAAACAACUUUCAUUUCAGUAUCAUGUGGUGAAAACUAUAAUAUCGCAUUAUUUGACACAACUAGAUCAUUUAGAGAUAAAUUCUGUUGGAAAUUAUUAGAAACUCAAAGAACUUAUGUUAGAACACUCGACAUUAUUCAAACUAUCUUUUUAAAUCCACUUAGAGUCCGUGAUCGUGAUCAAUUACCAGAACCAAUGAAAAACCUCCCAUAUAUUUUCUUGUCUGAAGAAGAAAUUAGAACUAUCUUUGGUACAAUCGAAAAAUUAUACGCACUCAAUAGUACCGUUCUUCACGUUAUCAACAAGAGAUUCGCCAAUUGGUCAAAUAAAAAGAAAGUUGGAGAUGUUCUCUUAAAUCACUUUAAACACUCCGAAGAUACCUUUAUUCAAUAUCUUGAAAAUUUACCAUUGGCCCUUACUACCCUUGAUAAUCUUUGUAAAAAACAAAAUGCUCCAAUUGCUGGCUAUCUCAAGGAAUGUGAAAAACUUGCUUUGGAAAGAAAGAAACUCGAUACCGAUGAUGACCAAAAAGAAUUUAAUUUACGUUCCCUCUUAAUGGAGCCAUUGAAUGUUAUUUCUCGUUAUCAUAAAUCUAUCAAUGGUAUGGUUAAAUACACUAAAACUACUCACAUCGAUUAUAGUGGUUUAGUUGAUCUCGAUAGUAUAAUGGAAAUUAAAGUUACCAAAGUUACCAAUAUGCUCAAUAUUGUAUCCUCACCAACUUCAUUACAACAACAUCUCACUUCAAGUCCAACAGUCACAACAACCGCAGCCUCUGAAGAUUCUACUUUCCUCAAAGAAUACGAUAUAAAAUUAGAAGCUUUACAAAACUUCAAAAAGACUUGCACAAAGAUAAUUAAAUCAUCAAAGAAAUAUUACGAAGUCGAACCAGAUUCAUUCAAAGAACAAGGUCAUUUCUCUGAACAUCUUAUCAAUGUUAAAGCUUGUUUUGAUGGUAAUAUUGAUCCAGCUUUAGCUUCAUCAAUCGAUCAAUUCUCAAAUAGUAUUAAAAAGAUUGGUUACCUUCGUAGCGAACUCUCAACUCGUACCCAUACAUCUUUUGCACAACCACUUCAAACAGUCGCCGAUGAAUUAGAAAACUUUAUUCCAUUAAUUGUAGAAAUGAGAAAGCGUGUUUUUGAAUCUCAUACCGAAUACGAAAAUGCAGUAAACAAACUUUAUUCACUUGCUAAAAAUCUUCAACCAACCGAAAAGAAAAUGAUUGAAGCUGAAAAGGAAGUAGCUUCACUCAAAAAGACUUUAGAUAAAACAUUAUUCGAAUUUGAUGCAAUCUUUAAAGAGGGCAUUUCAAUUCAAACUAAAUCAUUAAAACUCUUUUAUGCCUGUAUGAAAGCUCAACAAGAAUAUUAUGAACGUGGUCUUCAAAGAUUCCAAUCAAUGAAACCAUCAUUCGACGCUUUAGACACUUACUUUAGACAACAAAGUAGAAAUAAUUGGGCUAAAUCGAUCCAUGAUACUGUUACAACUACUUUUACAGCCGAAAAAGGUGAAAAACCAGCCCCAUCAGCCUCAUCAACUCCAUCAUUAUCUGGUGUAAAACCAUCACAAACCAGUUCCGUUGCCUCCACUCCAUCUAGUAUUGCUGCUGUUGUUGUACAAAACGAAGCUGCAACUUCAACUACUCCAUCAUCAGCCCCAUCACCUCUUGUAUUGUCAACUUCACCAGCUUCCCAUAGUGCUAUUGCAGGUGUUGUAGGCGAUAGUGUUUUAUCAUCCACUCCAAAAGAUCAACCAUUUAAUUUAUCAAAUGAUAAUACAGAACAUCAUCCAGCUCCACCAGCUCAAACUUUAACUGUACCUGUCAAUAAACAACCACAAACCAUUGACCCAUACCAAAUUAUGACCGAAUUAGAACAUUCAGAUUGGAGUUUCUUAAUGGAUCCACCAACUUCAAAUGAAUUUACCGAUACAUUUAUUGAAGAGCAAUACAAUAAUCUUGUUGAAAUUUUAGCUUCACCAUCACUUCAAGUAGUUCAGUGUGUAGUUUCACCAGCUCAAGUCGAUCAACAAGGCCCAACUAUUGAAUCAAUAAGUAGAAUCUUUGAGUCAUUCGGCAAGAUUAAACCAAUUAUUCAUGCUGGUAUAGAACAAGAGGUACUCUCCACAGCAAAUCCAUCAACUCUUUUCCGUUCUAAUACUACAGCAACUAAAUUAAUGACUGCUUUCACUAAACUUAAGGGUAUGCCAUACCUUCAAAAACAUAUCACCCCAUUAGUACGUGAAAUCAUCGAAAAUCCAAAUGGUUACGAGGUUGAUCCAGCUAAAAUUAACGAAGGAAGUGAAGAAUUAAUGACCAAUAUGAUGAAUCUUAUUCAAAUUUGUGAAAAAUUCACUGAUGCAAUUAUUGAUUCAGUUGAAUACCUUCCAAUUUCACUAAGAGAGAUUUCAUAUUAUCUUCAAAAAGAAGUUGUAAAGAAAUUCCCAGAUAAUAAAUAUAGUAGCGUUGGUGGUUUCAUCUUUUUACGUUUCCUUUGUCCUGCUAUUUUAGCUCCACACACUUCUGGUUUAGUUGAGGAGCAACCAGGACCAGAAGCCACAAGAGCUUUGGUUUUAAUUGGUAAAGUACUUCAAAAUCUUGCCAAUGGUAUCGAGUUUGGUCAAAAAGAAUCUUUCAUGAUCCCAGUUAAUCGUUUCAUUAUUGGUAAUGUUAACCGUCUCAAUGCCUAUUUCGAUCAACUCACCGAUGUAUCAUUAAAUAAGAGUGAUAACUAUGUCACUGGUAACUCUAAAGAAGAAGUUCAAAGAGAUAUUCGUAAUAUUCAUCUUUUAAUUGUUAAAAAUCUUUCAAAAGUUAUUAAACAAUUGGCUCUCUAUAAACAAAAAGAUAUUAUUGGCCAACUAUCUAAAACUUUAGUAUUUUUAGGGGAUCCUUCAUCUAUGUAUAAAUAA